UUUGAGACUUAAAGGGACAUGGCUUUAGUAAAUUGAAAGGCCAAGGAAAAUUUGACUCAAAUCAUUCAGAUGAUACUUUGGGUUGGGUUGAUAUGGCGGACUUGUUUUGAUUAUUUAACCACGGCCUGUGUUAUGCCUGAAGGGUAGAGUACACAGGAAGUAUUUGUAGCGAGCGUGGUACACUGACGAGUUAGUUACUUAUAUAAUCAGUCAGAAACCACAGCGGGAGGAUGUGCAGUUGGAGUUGGACUACUGUCAUUUGUGUUUUGUUGUUUUCCCAUCGUUGUAUAGGAGGGGCGCCGACAGCAAACGUUACCGUUGAAGGAAAUGCUAUACUGUCAUGGUCACUACCCAGACCUACAACCAGCGAGUACACCGUUUGGAACACACGCGCAGGGAAAGCCAUAUUCCAUAUAACCAACUACAAUAAUGUCACUGACGUGAACUCAGAAUCUAGGAUCACAUUUACAGGGAACAUAUCAUCUUCUGGAACAGGAUUGUUCAGAUUUAUCAUCAGAGAUGUCAAGUUUCAUGACGAAGGCUGGUAUGAGUGUUAUUCGCGGUCCCCGGGUAGCAGAGGAUUCACAAUUGCUAAUUGUGGACAGACACUUAUCGUGAUGGCUGCAUCAAAUGUUUAUAUUCGUUUUGGAGAAACAGCAACUCUGGCUUGGAAUUUGCAUGGAUCUGGAAACAAAGACUUUUUUAUCAGAAACGAUUUUUGGAAGGAAACAGUGUUUCACAUAACGAACUAUAACGAAUUCAACAUUGCAAAUGAGAAACUAAAAUCAAGACUGGAAUUCACGGGAAAUAUAACAUCCUCAGGAACUGGUCUGUUUAGCUUCGUGCUGAGUAGCGCUGACGACCAUGACUUUGGUCAGUACAACUGCUACCUUGGUUCACCACAACGUCCAGGAACAAAGAUUCCCAACUGUGGGCAACAGCUAGUAGUGAUACGAGUUCAAGAACCUUUUAUCGAGGGCCCGGAAAAGGCUUCCUUUGACGGUUCUGUUAAUCUGACAUGCAACUCCUUUCUGAAAAGUUACCCCAGUUGGAACCUGUCCAUGAACUUUGUCUGGAGGAGGAACGGAACGAGUGUAGAGAAUGGAGGAAGGCAUCAGUUGGCGUCUGGUAGCAGGAGAUGGAGAGGCGGGCGAUACAUGAACAGCACUCUGACUAUCGGUGGCGUGACAAGGAAGGACAGAGCAGCCAGAUACUCUUGUCAGACAGUGGUCGGGGACAAUCUACUCACAGACCAGAGUGUGGACUAUGUCCUUAGCGUAGAAUAUGUGCCUGAGUCUCCUCAGAACACGGAAGUGCACGAGGGAGAAACAGUGUUGCUUUCCAUGAGGACACCCCAACAUCAGUCAAGAAUAUACCUUAGAGACACUAAUGAUAGAAAUGUGUUAGAAAUGGACUCUGCCGAAGUCUACAUAUGGGAAACCUACUGGACCAGGAUCAAGAUCGUGAAAGUCAUCACAUCAUCGGAUGAAGUCGCUGUACAGUUCCAACUCUCUACCGUCACAUCAGCUGACGCUGGGAGGUACCACUGUAGCCUGGAGAAGGGCGGACAUGCAGGCUGUGACUGGGAACACGUGCUGGUCGUUUUCAAUGACUCUGUGACUGUAUCGGCUUCACCAUCUGUCGCAACAUCUACUACAGAUGACUCUGUGACUGGAUCGGCUUCACCAUCUGUCGCAAUAUCUACUACAGAUAACUCUGUGAGUGUGUCGGAUUCACCAUCUGUCGUAACAUCUACUACAGAUAACUCUGUGACUGUACCAGUUUCAGAAGUUGACGAAACCUCAACUGUAGAUGACACUGUGACUGUACCGGUUUCAGAAGUUGAAGAAACCUCAACUGUAGAUGACACUGUGACUGUACCGGUUUCAGAAGUUGACGAAACCUCAACUGUAGAUGACACUGUGACUGUACCGGUUUCAGAAGUUGACGAAACCUCAACUGUAGAUGACACUGUGACUGUACCGGUUUCAGAAGUUGAUGAAACCUCAAAUGUAGAUGACACUGUGACUGUACCGGUUUCAGAAGUUGACGAAACUUCAACUGUAGAUGACACUGUGACUGUACCGGUUUCAGAAGUUGAAGAAACCUCAACUGUAGAUGACACUGUGACUGUACCGGUUUCAGAAGUUGAAGAAACCUCAACUGUAGAUGACACUGUGACUGUACCGGUUUCAGAAGUUGAAGAAACCUCAACUGUAGAUGACACUGUGACUGUACCGGUUUCAGAAGUUGACAAAACCUCAACUGUAGUUCAUACGACGUACGUUUCGACUGUGAGAGAGGUUCAGACCACAUUUGAGCCAGUCACAUUCAGCAACUCAACUGGUGAUCAUGAUGAUACAACGCCUGCAAGUGAAGACAGCAUGUCUUCUGUAAUGCCCACCUCACCUGAUGGAUCGGCACACUCGAGCAAAAAGCUGACCACAACGACUGAUGCAUCUGUCGUUAAAGGAGGGCUGCAGACCCUUGUUGUAGUCAGUAUUGGAUUUUCGGUUGCAACAACGGUGAUCAUCUCCGUCAUCGCUUUCUUGCUUUGUCGCAGAACAUUCAAACGACGAAAAGAAACCUCUGACGCAAGGCCCCCUGCUCUCGCUCAGGCCGACAACCGCAUCUACUUCGAAAUUGAAGAUAUCCGGCCACCGCAGCAAGACUCCAGUCAGAGAAGGGAGGAAGGAGUCAAUCUCAGACGCGAUUAUGUGAAUAGUUGCGGUUACCACGAGCUCCGACACUUACGACUUAAGAAAGACAGCGUGAUGCGCAUGACCGGAACUAACAUGGAGGACUGCUGUAGUUUACGGUCAGUGUCCACCGUGAAUCAUUAUGAUGAACCAUGGCUCUAAAUUGUCGGCUCGCUGUAGUGCUGUGAAACGUGUCUUCCGGUGGGGCAGGACUUGCUAACUCUUUCCAAGGACACCUGGUGUCAUCAGUCAUUUUCAGUGAUCCUUUCAAUUAAAUUUCACUACCAUUUUGCCUUCUACGCUCAAAGAAAUCGGUUCCUGCAGAUAAUCAAAGCUUUUUAUUCUAUGGUGUUGGCGUUAAAUAAUGAAUCGUUUAACAUGCUACAGUUGUAUCUCUUGGCAACAGUGUUCGUUUGGAAGUGGCCUCGAAUUCUCGAUGCAUCAUCAUUAUGAUGUUGGAUUUGUGAGGAACUCGACAGUAUACUUGCAUAAAAAGUGACUCAUUCGAGAUCCAGUUUGUUCAACGAAACUCAUUCAUAUACGCUUUGAGAAGUACACAGUCAACGCGCAAAGUCCUGUAUAAAUUUAUGUUUGCUAUUAUUGUUUUAACCAUUAUUAUGUCGAGCUUGAGGUUUAUCAUUUUCGUGGAUACUGUAGAUAGUGAUCAAGUUGCUUACGUCCGUUGUACAUUCUUCAUUGUCUAUAAACAGAUUAAUGUUUUCCAGUAUUAUUACAUUCGUUUCCUCUGAGCAGGAUUCGUGUAAUAAAUAUUGAUUCAUCAGUCCUUAAGUGAUCUGUAUUAUUAUUAUUAUUAUUAUUAUUAUUGUUGUUGUUGUUGUUGUUAUUAUUAUUAUUAUUUAAAAAAAAAGAGAUCUGAAUGGUGUAGUGGUGAUUCGGUGAUCACGGAAACAGAAAGUACAUGACAUAUCAAGCUUACAUCUUGUUAGAAUAAAGAAGGUGGUCUAUACAUAUAUAGCAUUGUAUUGCUGACAUCUGUCAUUGAUAUGAACUGCAUUUGAAUU